UCUGAUUCUGCUCACGCUGUUUGAUGUUCUCACUCAGGACAGUAACUGGGGAGUGAAAUAUCCUGAUAAUCAGAUCUGUGCUGUGAGAGGAUUCAGUGUCUCCAUUCCCUGUAGUUAUUAUUAUCCAACAUCAAAUCCCAUUCAGGUGAAACAAAAGCUUUGGUGCUCAAUGAACUCAAACAAAGAUGUGUGUCAGAAUCCUCCAUAUGUUUAUACCAGUUCAUCAAACACCAAAUCAGACUUUGAGUUCGCUGGAGACGACAAAUCAGACUGUACUUUAUUAAUCCACAAUGUACAGUUUAAUUAUUCUGGAGUCUAUAAAUUCAGAUUUAUUACUAAUGUGACUGGUGGCAUGUGGACAGGGUACCCUGGAGUUACUCUACAAGUUACAGAUUUAAAGGUGUCACUAAUCAGACUCAGUGGAAACGGAACCUUUAAACCAGGAGACUCGUUAAAUCUGACGUGUGAUGUGACCUGCACACAAAGUUCCUCACAGUUUGUGUGGUCUAAGAACAACGAGCUCUUACCUGAAUCAGGAGCCGUUCUUCACUUUCCUGCUCUGACCCUGAGGGAUUCUGGGAAUUACACCUGCACUUGGAAAACCAACACGACAUCAGGAUCUAAAACCAUCAGCCUUCAGGUCGAGGGCCGUUGGUCAGUCUGGAUGAUUGUUUUACUGACAGCUGGACUGAUUCUCCUCGUCUUCACUGUUCCAGCUGUGAUUUACUACAGGAGGAGGAAACUUAAAGCCCCAGAAGAAAACGAUGGGGAAAGUGGAGAGAAAACACAGAAAAAGCAACAGUUAAACCGAGUGCCUCAAGUUUCUGAUGAAGAGGAAGUGACUUAUGCAUCUGUUCAAAUAAACAAAGCAACAACCACAAGUUCACAGACCAGAGCACAGCGAAACCAAGACGUGGCAGAUAAAGGAGGAGUGAUUUAUGCAUCUGUGUGCAUCAAACCCAACAAACCACCCAAACAGCGUGUCCACGCUGAGCCGCAGGAGCAGGACGAUUCUGUAAUCUACAGCGCUGUGAACAUCUGAUGAUGCUUUCACACCUCAUUCACUCACAGUGCAGAUACGUUUUAUUUCGUCAUCGUUACAGCUGUGAUUUUCUUUUCAGGAAUAAACAUAUUAUAGUUUGGGGUUUAAUACCAUAAAAAGUGUCAAGUUAAUUGCUGUAAAUAUCCUGUUUGGAUGGACAUUUAAAAUGAAUUAAUUUUCUGCACAUUUCUUGAACUUUGUGUCAUUUUUAAGUAAAAUGCUUUUUUUUCUGAGGGUGAUUAAAGCCCUAUUCAGACAGGUUUAGUUUUACAGGUGGAGAUGGAGGUUGGAUGGAGGUUUCACAAUAAUGUUUACAUUAUAAUCUUAAUGGAGGUAGAAUAAUACACAAUACACACAUGUUGCACAAUGAUGCAUACAAAGUGAAGACACAUCUGUCUGUGUGAUUUAUACAGAGAACCUGUACCUGUGGGAUUUUGUUUAGAAUGAAUGAAGAUGUCCUCCAGCAGCAUUACGCAAGUGUGGAAAACGAAUCCUGUCUAAAUACAGUGUCAGAAACAAGAUUUUUCAGAUGUUGAUCAUUAAAAACUCCCUGAAUUAAAUAUUAAUGAUCUAAAAUCUCGACACUCUCACGCUGCCACUGUUCUUGAGCAAAAUCUUUAUUAUUAGGUUUAGUGUUUAUGUGUAAAAUAACAUGUUUGCUGUGUAAAGUCUUGUGUUCAUGCUGCAGGUGAUUAUUUUUGGCUGCUGUGUUUCAGUAAAUGUAGAUAAAUGCAUCUUUUUGUCAUUACACCAGAUCCUGAAUGUAGUUUGACUUUUCAGAAUAUAAAUGUAUGAAGGGUUGAGUGUAUCUUCAUGUUUUUAAAUUCUGAGAAAUGUGUUGAGGUUUACUGUAAAGAACAUCCAGUGUUGGAAACCUGAACCUCUGUACAGUCUGCAGUUUUCUCCUCGUUUACUGAGCUGCUGUAAUAAAACAUCUCACUAAUCAGACUACUCUGGAUGUGAACUCAUUCAUUAUUUCAUUAUUUCUAUUAUCAGUGU